AUGGCAGAGAUCCAAGAAUUGCGGCAAAUGGCAUUGCGGCGUACAUCACUGUUGGCUUCUCUGGGACGAGCAGGACAAUUUCUGGCGGCAUACGAAGAGGAUCGGGAUAGGCUCGAGGUAGCGCUGCGACUUGAAAAUUUAGACACGAUUUGGUACGAACUAGAGGAUAUCCAAUCGGCAUUGGAGAGUACCGAGGAGACAAGCAAUGGUAUGUCCUUAAACGUUAAAAUUCGCUCCAAUUUUGAGGGGCAGUAUUUCAAGAUAAAGGCUGGUCUGAUUUCAAAGUUGCCUCCCACUGUUUCCACUGUCAGUACCACCGUUUCGUUCCCCCCUACGAUUUCCUCUAGCCUCAAAGGGCUUAAACUUCCGACGAUCACAUUGCCAGAAUUCAACGGCGACUUCAAUGAGUGGUUAGCGUUUCACGAUACAUUCCUCGCGUUGAUCCACUCAAAUCCGGACAUUCCCGCAAUCCAGAAGUUUCAUUACCUCAAAUCGGCGGUUUCAGGCGAGGCCGCACAGGUGAUUGAAUCGUUCGCUAUCAGUGCCACUAACUACCCAUUGGCUUGGCAGGCACUGAUAUCCAGGUAUGCAAACGAGUACUUCCUUAAGAAGAGACAUCUGCAGGCAUUGCUGGAGAUUCAACGGGUAAAGAAGGAGUCGACAGCUUCGUUACACGGGAUCGUUGAUGACUUCGAGCGGCACACCAAGAUUUUGCGGCAGCUUGGAGAACCAGUGAAUGCAUGGAGUACGAUGUUGGAACACUUGCUGUGCGUUCGCCUUCCAGACGAUUCUCUCAAGGCCUGGGAGGAUCAUGCAUCUACGAUCGAAACCCCAUCCUACGAGUCCUUGAUCGAGUUUUUGCAUCGUCGAAUUCGCAUAUUGGAGUCGAUUUCAGUGAAUCAUACUCAGCCGGUACCACAGUAUGUCACAUCCUCUCAUGUUUCAGCAAAUCGCAAUUCCUCCCAUAUGAAAUCGUCCUCUAGUUCUGCAAACGAUAAUGUACCUACUAAGUGUUAUGCUUGCGAACAGCGCCAUCCAUUGGUAAAGUGUGCGAAGUUCGAGAAGAUGAGUGCUGCUGAUAGGUUACGCUUAGUCAAUGAAAGGCGGUUAUGCUUAAACUGCUUCCGGAACGAUCAUUUCUCCAGAAAUUGUCAGUCGAAAUAUACAUGUAGAUUCUGUAGGAAACGUCACCAUUCACUUCUCCAUUCUGGGUUUGGGGACAAUUCCGGUCAAUCACGCUCCGACCAAGUCCCAUCCUCGUCUGGUAAUGCUGCCCGCCUGACAACCAAUGUUAACGUAUCUUCACCGAGUGGCGAUUCCGCAUCAUCCGUCCUUUCCGCUGCUACAUCCAUUCAAUCAACGGAAAUUACCUGCAGUUUACCAUUACAAGGUGUUGAGAAGAAUGUCUUUAUGCUGACGGCAGUCCUUAUAGUCGUCGAUCGAUAUGGCAAAGAGCAUUUGGCACGUGCUUUACUGGAUUGCGCAUCUCAAUCAAACUUAAUUUCUGAGCGCAUGGCUCAACUUCUACGACUAAAGCGAAGCAAAACAAACGUUCUGAUUCAAGGAAUAGCAGACCAACCACAGAACGCUAGAGAAUCCGUGCAAGUCAAGGUACUUUCCAGAAAAGAAAAGUUUGCCGUGGAUACUGAUUUCCUGAUUCUUCCGCGGGUCACUCCUGAACUUCCAGCGCAUGAUAUUCCAGUUGAUCACUGGAAGCUUCCACCGAAUAUUUUCCUCGCAGAUCCACAAUUCCACAAGCGUGCACCAAUUGACAUGAUUUUGGGAAUUGAGCACUUCUUUUCAUUUUUCAAGACUGCAAGCGGAAUUAACCUGUCAAAAUCACUGCCGAUGCUGAUUGACAGUGUUUUCGGAUGGCUAGUAUCCGGUUCAACCAGCAAGGUUCCUCCCGCAGGACGUAAUCCUCCAUGCAGCAUAGUAGCUGUAUCCUUGUUCACUCUAGAGGAGAGCGUUGGACGUUUCUGGCAGGUGGAGGAGUUGCAAACCAGGUCUGAUUAUUCUCUGGAGGAAAAGCGUUGCGAGGAAGUGUUUUCGGAUUCUACGACCAGGAAUGCAGAAGGACGUUACAUGGUCCGUCUACCUCGUCGGUCCAACUUUGAUGAGAUGGUGGGAGCCUCGAAAUCGAUGGCAAUGAAACGUUUUCAACUCCUGGAGAAACGGAUUGCUCGUAAUCCCGAAUUGAAGGAUGAAUACAAUAAAUUUAUGAUGGAAUAUCUCUCCCUCGGACAUAUGCGAUGUGUUCGAGAGGACAACACGCAAAAUUCAUCAUAUUUGCCGCAUCACCCGGUAAUGAAGGAAGCCAGCACGACGACCAAGGUACGAGUGGUUUUUGACGCUUCGGCCAAGACCUCUACAGGCUUCUCCAUCAACGAAGCGCUGUUAGUAGGUCCUGUGGUGCAGGACGAUCUCCUUUCAAUAAUUCUUCGGUUCCGGACGUUUCCUGUGGCGCUUGUGGGAGACAUCGCUAAAAUGUACCGACAGGUCCUCCUCCAUCCGGAAGAUACACCCUACCAAAGGAUUCUGUGGCGUUUUGAUACAGCAGAUCCUAUCGAAAGCUACGAAUUGAUGACGGUGACGUAUGGAUUAGGCCCGUCAUCGUUUCUUGCGACUCGAACAUUGCAGCAACUUGCAUCCGAUGAAGGUGAUGCCUAUCCCCUUGGCAAACCUGCCCUCCGUAAGAGCUUUUACGUGGACGAUUUUAUUGGCGGAGCCCAAUCCGUCAGUGAAGCAAUCCAAUUGAGAUCGGAACUAAGUGAGCUUCUGGCCAAAGGCGGUUUUGCGCUUCGUAAGUGGACAUCAAACCAACUACCGGUUCUUGCGGGAUUGUCAUCAGACGAAAUUGGCACACAAUCGGCGAUUAAAUUCGACACGAACGAAACAGUUAAGACGCUUGGCAUCACCUGGGAACCCGAAUCAGACAACCUCCACUUCAACUCCGAGAUCCGCCAACACCAAAAUGCGCCAACGAAGCGUUCAAUACUUUCAGCGAUUUCGCAGCUGUUCGACCCGUUGGGGCUAAUCUCACCAAUUAUCAUCAACGGAAAGAUGCUGAUGCAACGCUUAUGGUUGCUACCAUGUUCGUGGGAUGACGAGGUUCCAGACUGCAUUGCAACUGCUUGGGAGAAACUAUCAGUGCAACUCCCAAAAAUUGCCGAUUUUCGUGUCAGUCGUUAUGCACUUCUACCAAAGUCGACCAUCCAACUUCAUACGUUCUGUGACGCAUCGGAAUCAGCGUAUGGGGCGUGUACGUAUGCAAGAUGUGUCGAUUCUUCCGGACAGGUUCGUGUACAGCUCCUAGCAUCCAAAUCUCGAGUAGCUCCGUUGAAGAAAAUUUCGCUACCGCGUUUAGAACUGUGUGCUGCUGAGGUGGGAGCGAAACUGCAUAGCCGAAUAGUCGAGGCUCUCCAGAUUCCGUUAGCAAGCUCGUAUUUUUGGUCUGAUUCCACAGUAACCCUUCAGUGGCUUCGUGCUCCUCCCAGUACAUGGAAAACCUUUGUGGCAAACCGGGUAUCGGAAAUCCAAACUUUAACCCAUGGAGCAUUUUGGAACCACGUCGCAGGAACGGAGAAUCCAGCGGACCUCCUAUCCCGUGGCAUGCACGUUGACGAUUUUCUCACAAGCAAAAUAUGGAAUCAUGGCCCGGAAUGGUUAUCCCGUCCAGAAGCAGAAUGGCCUGCCACCAAAUUAUCCGAGUAUCCAGAAGACGGGAAGGAACGACGAAAGGUCAUUGUUGCAGUAGCUAGAAUCCAAGUUGUACCAAACUCCGUAAACCCAAUCUUCGUUAGAUUCUCUUCGUACGAACGCCUGCUCAGAUCGACCGCGUACAUUUUACGGUUCCUCACCAAUCUACGAAAUAAGACUCGUACGCAACCAUUUCCUUUCACUGGAUCACUACCUAGCAUUUCUCUAACUACAGAUCACCUAAACGUUGCAGAAAGGACGAUUGUUAAACUCGUACAGGCGGACGCAUUUCACGAUGAAAUUACAUCGCAAAACGUUCGCCUAUUCGUUUAUUGGCUCCGUUCAUUGACCCUGAGGGAAUCGUUAGAGUAG